AUGGACACAAGAGAACCGGAAGAAAGAGUUGAUGAUCAUGUCUCCAUUAGUAUUUUAGACAAGUUUGAUAAUUUAUCUAAUCCAUCUUCUGAGUGUUGUAUCUUCAGAAUGCAUGAUCACUUACGAAAGGAAAAUGAGAAAGCCUAUGAACCAUCAAUAGUUGCUAUUGGUCCUUACCAUCAUGGUAAACCAAACCUAAAAGGAAUGGAAGUGCACAAAUUGCGGUUCCUACGAAGGUUUUUGAGUCGAAGAAAUGAAACGAGUGUGAAUAUAUAUGUCAUGGCCAUAAGAGAAUUGGAAGACAGAGCACGCAAAUGUUAUGCAGAAACCACUGGCCUUGGUCUUGACUGUAACUCAGAUCAGUUUGUGGAAAUGAUGCUUCUUGACGGUUUCUUUAUCAUUGAGUUAUUUUGCAUGAGUAAGAUGCUCCAACUGGUAGGUGAAAAUCAACAAUUUUUCGAAUUAGUCCAGCCUGUACUGACAAAUGAAAAUUACCAUAUUUUCCAAGCAUUCCAUAAUGUGCAACAACUGCUGGCUGAGAAUCACCAUAUUUUCCAAUCACAGCAGAUUAUGUAUGCCAUAGGACGUGAUUUAAUUCUACUAGAAAAUCAACUUCCGUUCUUUAUCCUUAAUCGUUUGUUUGACAUGACUAAUAGCGAUUCAAACUUGGGAAUCAUUCAAAUAACCUUAGAUUUUCUGAAACACUUAACACCACAGCAUAAACUACAAGCUCCUGGUGGAAUCUCAAUCGACAACAUCAAACACCUACUUGACCUAGUACAUAAUAGUUGGUGCUCUAAGUUACCUGAGACGAAUAGAAAUGUAAUAACAAGAGAGAAAUGGGAGUUCAUAAAUUCUGCAACAGAACUUCAGGAGGCUGGGGUUCAAUUCAAGAAGGCCGAGGGAAGCAACUUGUUUGAUAUAAAAUUCAAUAGUGGGACUUUAGAAAUUCCACUAUUAUCCAUCACAGACUAUACAAAGUCUUUCUUGACAAAUCUAGUUGCAUUUGAGCUGUGUCCUUCAUAUGGUAAGCAAAACUACGUUUGUGACUAUAUUGUCUUCAUGGAUCGCCUCAUCAAUUCCACCAAGGAUGUUCGUUUACUUAAUCAUAGUGGAAUUAUUGAAAGUUUGGGUGGGUGA